AUGUCCUCUUCGCCUACCGAUGAUCCGCCGCGGAGGUCGAAGGACUUGGGACCAGUCCUGUCGAACCCUCCAUUGCCCGGUUCUCAUGGACCGGUCGCCGAUUUCGCAUUACAAUACCGGACAUCGAUAUCGGCUUGCGGGGCUUCGAUAAUCAGCACAGUUGUGGGCUUCCCGCUGGACACGGUCAAGACUCGGAUGCAGACGUACAAGUAUGAUUCUGUAUGGGACUGUUUUGCGAAGACGCGAAAAACGGAGGGAAUCAAUGGGUUCUUUCGCGGUGUGGCGGUACCGCUAUUCUCGGUUACGAUCGUACGAACUAUAUCGUUCUCCACAUACGAAAAGUGCAAGAACUUUUAUGCGACAUUACUUCGACCAAUAUCCGCGUCGUCGGCCGCGAUACCUGAUAUGUCUCCGGUGGAACGAACGUUUGUGUACGGUCUUUCUGGUAUGACGGCGGGUGCAGCGACCACGUUCAUUGCUUGUCCGUUCGAGUUGACGAAGCUGAGUACGCAGAUUGAAAAGUUGAUGGCACAGUCGCGGCUUACGGCAACAAGCGGUACGGCAUCGCCUGGGUCAACCUCACCAGUAGCAGGAUCAAUCACGACAGAAACGCUCAAACCCAAGGGAUCUAUCCAGUCUGCACGAGAUAUAGUCCGAGCCCGCGGUUUCAUGGGCCUGUACUCUGGAUUCAAAUACCACCUUGCACGAGACGCGAUCGGUACAGGACUGUACUUUACGGUCUACGAAACCGUCAAAGGCGCAUUGACAAAGGCGGGCGGUGAGGCCACGACGCUGACGUAUGCCAUUUCCGGUGGUUUGUGUGGUGCUCUGAGUUGGUGCUUGGUGUUCCCUGUGGACACGAUCAAAUCGGUGCGUCAGCGAGAUGCUCUGCGAGAAGCAUUUGGUGGUGAAGUUGGGAAAACGCCCUUGAAAUUUAACUUGAGACGGAUGUAUCGGGGUGUUUCGGCGAGUAUGUUUCGUUCGUGUAUUGUGACUGCUAUUAACUUUACAGUAUAUGAAGAAUUGAAAAAGAUGAUCGGAGUUGGAGCACCGGAGGAGGAGGAUGAGAGUGCAUAG